UUAAACAGGGGUUCCUACUCCUGACUCCUGUCUUGUCUGGAUAUUAGUAGAUGUCGCAAGCAUGGAACGUUUGUUCUGAAGAAAUUAGUUUGAAUAAUGAAUAAUCAAUUAAUCGUCUUGAUAAAUAUUUUUAUUAAAUACUAUCGAGCAUUGUGUAUCGUUACUUGAUUGUUACAAUUAUUUUAAAUUUAACAAAUCAAUUUUUUCACUGUUGGCUGUAUGAUCACCAUUUUGAAGGACAUGAUACAUUAUUACACAUUUAAAAAGAAAACGUCAAACAAAACCAACAUGUCAAGUAGAGUCAAAUAUAUUUGGGACUUUUCCUCCUAAGCCCUUAAUGUGUUUUAUACAAUUAGCUGUAAGAUUUUGUUAAAAUAUUAUUGUUCUCCUUUAAAUUUAAGUAUAUUACUAUACGUCUUGCGAUGAGUUAAUUUGUAAUGGAAUGUUUUGUGGUGAAGUGUCAAUAGUGUUGUCAAAAUUGCGUGGUCGGUCAAUUGGUGCAAUACAAAGCUGUACUAUUCUAAAGAAAAAUACUUAGAAGGCGGCAUGUAAAUGCAUGAUGCAAACCUCAGAAGUAAUUGCCGUUAUUACAUCAAGACAUGCGAUCAUCAUUGAAUUGCACGAUUAUGGAAACAUAGAAUAUAUCGGGAGUCGCGAUAUAAAGAUCCCAUUAACCUGGCCCAAUAUUAUUGUGAAGUAUUCUUGAACUCCGGCCUCGUGUUCGGUUGAAGGCGCACAAUGGCAGGGAGUACCUUGCCUGAACGUGUAGCACAGAUAUACUACACGUAUGGUUUGUUCUGUUCCUCAAAUCCCAUUGCAGUUAUAGGUUUUGCUCUUUCAAUUGUACUAUUUUGUUGUUAUCCAUUAUUAAAUGUACCCUUACCAGGAAACAUACCAAUAGUUGUCAAUUUGCCAUUACUUGAUACCAAGGAAUUCAAUAAAGCAAAUUGCAACACUAACAACUGUCUACCAGAAGAUUCAUCCUCAACAUUAGAACUAUUGUUUAACGAGACUCAAAAACUACCAUAUGUUUGGGCCAAAGAUAGGCCCCUACUUUAUGUGCAACAAAUCAUACUCAAAAUAGGUGUAUCACCCUGGAAUAACAACCUGCGUAUGUGGGAUGCAUUUAGAGCUCCCCUGCAAGAAGUCUUCCGGUUGCUAGAAGCUAUAAAAAAUCAUGAGGAUCCUGAAACUAAAGGCAGUCUGUCCCAGUACUGCUACCAAAUAGGAGGCAUCAAGCAACAAAACAGUAAAGCAAGUUUAGAGCGGGUGCUGCCUGAAUACAGCUGCCUCUUACUCUCUCCCGCUAACUUGUGGCAGCAAAACCUGCAAACAUUCUCAAUGGAUGUCAAUGUUGUUAAUACCGUUCUCUCUUACCAAAACCUGCCAAAGAGCAAAGUGUCCAUAGCAGAGAUGGCAUUCGGCAUGCAGCUGCGGGAUUGCGGCAUCAAGCGCUAUCCGCUGCGCGCGCGCCCACGCGUGCUGCAGUACGCCGUCUCCGUGUUCUACCAGCGUGUCGAACCAAGAUUUUUGAAUUCGCUGACGAAAAAGUUGAGAGCAAUGUACCCCCUGUACCAAGAGCAGCCGUAUUCGCACGCGGAGGAGCUGACCCUGGUGUACUACCCGGGCCAGUUCAACUAUCGCGAGCUCGUGCCGCUCAUGAUCACCUUCGUCGGGAUAUUCCUCUACGUCUACUUCUCUUUGAGGAAGAUCGAGUACAUACGAUCUAAGCUGGGACUGUCUGCGUGCGCGAUGGUCACAAUCGCCGGUAGUCUCUCCAUGUCUAUGGGAAUAUGCUUUUAUUUUGGCAUUUCGUUGAGCCUCCAAGGCAAAGAGAUCUUUCCUUACCUCGUGAUAAUCGUCGGGCUGGAGAAUGUCCUCGUGCUGACCAAGAGCGUGACCUCCACGGACUCGAGGCUUGAUGUCAAGAUCCGGCUCGCGCAAGGCUUGAGCAAGGAAGGCUGGUCUAUCACAAAAAAUCUACUCACAGAAAUAACCAUCUUGACUGUGGGCUUCUUCACGUUUGUCCCAUUCAUUCAAGAAUUUUCAAUAUUUAUGAUAGUCAGCUUAAUUUCCGAUUAUUUUGUCCAAAUGGUUUUCUUCGCAACCAUUCUUGGAAUCGACGUUCGACGCAUGGAAUAUUUUCAAGAUCAGAAUAACAAACUUCAUCUAAAAGAGUACUUUAACGCGAACAACGCUCUGAAUUGGCGAUUUGAAAAGACCUACUCGGAUGAGAGCAACAUGUCGCCUCUUAGAAUGACUAAGUCGAAAUCGCAUCCGAGGCUAAAUGGUUUGGCCCAAAACAACCCGACGGAUGUGCUGGCGAAGCGCAAGUCGAGCCCGCAAAUGCAGGACCAGAAGGUGCCAAAGCGGAUCCGCCUAGUGAACAUGUGGGCGAGAACGCGGUUCUUCCAGCGCGCCUUCAUGGUGUGGAUGCUGGUAUGGAUAUCGAUGAUAGUCUACAAUUCGGGUGUAGUCGAUUAUUUUAUAACUAAUCUCGAAAAACCGGACGUCAGUAGCAAGACGGAAAAAAAAAGCGACGAAAAUUUUCCGCCAAAGCAAUUAGUUGAUGUGUUUUACGAUGAUAGCAAUAGGAGCCCAAUGGUGUUUUCGCCACUUUUGGAAAUGUCUGAUCCGGAUAAAAGCGUGGAGAACACGAACGACACUAUACUGCUGAAACAUUCGCCGCACUCCCGUCCUUGGUCGAGAGUGUCGGCGUACCACUGGUCAGCGAUCCUUGGGCAGUACAACGAGUCGCUGGCGGGGCGCGUGGUGGCGGUGCUGCCGCCCGUGCUGCUGUCGCAGCGCGUGUCGCCCGAGCGCGCGGCCGCUGUGCGCCUGCCCGAUGAGCGCGACCCGCCGCCGCUGCGUUGGCAGGCGCUCGCCGCCGCGCUUGACCCGCUUGACACGCUGCCCGAGUUCGACCUAACCGAUGGCAAGAGUCAGCAAAAGCAGUGGCGUAAACCGACGGAGCUGCCGAUAUACCCAACCACCCCCAUGGAGAUCCUGCUGCUGGCCAUCCUGUGCACCAUCAGCGUCGCUGUCAUCGCCUACAUGAUGGUUGUGCUCUACAGGUGCGUGUGUUCCCGCAACUAUGCAGAGUGGCGUGCUUCGUGGAACGAAGACGAUGAAUAUCGGAAAAUCAUUGCUAAGCAGCCAGCGGUGCAGCUGGUGACGGAGGCGGUGCCGCUAGUGGUGGCGGGGCACAGCCAGGAGGUGGAGUGCUUGGUGACGGACGGCGAGCAGGUGGUCAGCUCCUGUCUGCAGGGUCACGUCAAGGUGUGGGACUCACAGAACGGCGAGAUCCUCACCAACAUCGACCGCGGCGCAUUUUUUCAAUUACAAAAAGAGCUUGCUGACAAAGUGGCGAAAAAAAAUGAACCUCUGAAUCCUACUCCAGCAUUCCAACCAACCGUUGCAGCGAAACAAAACGAGAUUGUGUUCCAGCCCGUCCUCUCGCUACGGAAAGGUCUCAGCAACCACCUGAGUGGGCUGCGGUUCCGCGCCCCACACGACUCCGCAACCCACCUCUCCCCCGUCGAGACCACGCGUUACGACUUCGCCAAAACAUACAGGGAACUGUAUUGCAGCGAUCAGCAUGACGACAUUUACAAUUACGAAGCAAAAGAAAACGUGGACAUUAACAAUUUAAGUAUAGACAAAGAUAGUUUAAGUGUAAAUAGUGCGAAAGACAAUGACGAAAAUAGUUUUGUAUAUAAAAGUAAUAUUGAGUCAGUGAGUGGUUUGCGUAACAGACACAAGGGUAAGUUAGUGAACGGUGGCGUGGAAAACACUUGGUGCGACGCGGAGCCGCCCAGUGCGGACUGGCGUGCGCGAGCGGUGCGUGACUCGCCUAUAUGGUGCAUGGACUUUUGUAACGACCUUAUUAUAUUAGGCUGUGCGGAUGGAAGACUAGAGUUUUGGGAAGCUAGCUCGGGGAAGUUAAUGUGCAUGUGGUGGGGCCUGGAGCGCAGCGGCGGCGUGACGCACGUGCGCGCGCUGGCGGGCGCGCGGCGUGUGGCAGCGGCGGCGCUCGGCGGCCACCUGGCGCUGCUGCGCCUGCACGCCUACAACGCCUGCUCGGGCGCGCAGGUUGACUGGCGGUUCAGCACAGCACACAGACGUACUCACAAGCGGACGGGGUCUGCGGGGUCUCUGCGCGGCGCAGGCGGCAUGGACGACCACUCGCGCGCGAGGCUGAGCUUCUCCUACGACUCCGACCUUGGCGUUGGAGACGAAAUAGUUGCUCAGCGGAUUGCGCAGUGCCGACCGCACCAGCAGCCCAUCACUGAGAUGCACUCGGAAGGCGGGCGAGUCCUCACCGGCGGCCAGGAUCAUGUGCUUAAGGUAUUUAGCAGUGCAGAGCUGUGCCCGCUGUUCACGCUGCACGGGCACUGCGGGCCCAUCACGAGCUGCUUCAUCGACCACGCCACUCCCACUAUCGCUGGCAGUGGCUCGCAGGAUGGCCUGCUCUGCGUAUGGGACCUGCAUACUGGAGCGUGCUUGUACAGCAUGCAGGCGCACGACGGCGCGGUGACGUCGCUGGCCUACACGGCGUCCUACGUGGUGUCCAGCGGCGCCGACGAGCGCCUCUGCAUCUGGGACCGCUUCCAGGGCCACAUGCUCAACUCUAUACACAUUGGCCUGAACUACAUGAGCCGCAUGCUGCCGCUCACGCACACGCUGCUCUUGAUGGGCGACCGCUGUGGGCUCGCGGCCUACGACCUCAGCACUGGUGACGUCAUACGGCGAGUGCUCUUAGGGCAAAAUGACGGGUGUAUAUUCGUGCGGCAAAUUCUACCUCUAAAGGACGCCAUCGUGUGCGACUACGCGACGCAGUUGCGCAUCGUGCGCUUCCCGCUCGUGUCGCGCCUCGAGGACAUGAAGAGCGACUGAACCACCACAAGUCUCUCCGACCACAAAAACACGCCCGGACCAAUUCGUAGGAUGCUGCGUCAAGCGAAUGCGGUUUUUUUGUGGCCCAGGCAAACUACACAAACAUGAUCACAAUCAAUGAACAUUAUUUGCAAUUAGUUUUUAGAUAUGGCAAAAAUGAUAUUCAAAGAAAGUGGACAGCGUCACAAAAAAUAUCGCGUUUCUGAGGUAAAGACUAAGUCACAUGUAUCUUACAUAUAGUUGCAUUAUACAUGUAAGUGUUCCACGUGUUAAACGAACCUAUUUUAUUUUAUAUUUACGAUGUAUUAUAUUAUAUAUUUAUUUUUAUAUGUGAUUGUAACCGUGCCCGUUUCGAGCUUACAGGCCUAGAGGACUAAUGUGAAUAGUUAUACCCAUUUAUUAGGUACCGCCUAUCUAACCUAACCAUUGAAACUAAUUGCAAAUAUAAUUUCAUUGGGACUUAUAGUAGAGGAUUGUGGAAUCCUCUACUAUGCCAAACGUUACUCGAACUAGUUAAAUGCACUCGAGUAGAAUCCAUGAAAUACCUUCGUAGGCCUCUACUACUACUGCCAUCACAACCACAAUUUAAACGACAGACUUUUAUAGUGUCUUACCAAACUAAUGUAAGUUUUAAAACUAAUAAUGACCUAUGUAGGAUAGGUGUAUAUGUAUUUAUGAAAUUUCAAUCGGUAAUAAAAUGUUAUUUGUCUAACAUUAAUAAUUUAAUAAUAAUAUAAUAAUAAUUUAGCCUAUAUACGUCCCACUGCUGGGCACAGGCCUCCUCUCAUGUGCGAGAGGGCUCGGGCUAUAGUCCCCACGCUAGCCCAAUGCGGAUUGGGGACUUCACAUACACCUUUGAAUUUCUUCGCAGAUGUAUGCAGGUUUCCUCACGAUGUUUUCCUUCACCGUAAAGCUAGUGGUAAAUAUCAAAUGACAUUUCGUACAUAAGUUCCGAAAAAACUCAUUGGUACGAGCCAGGAUUUGAACCCGCGACCUCCGGAUUGAAAGUCGGACGUCAUAUCCACUCGGCUACCACCGCUGUCUAACAUUACAUUUGACUUAUUGGCAAUCAUUAUUUGUAGUACUUGGUGCAACGAGGGGUAAGUAAAUAUUACAAUAUUCUUACCCCCGGAGUUACACACAAUGUUUUUCAUCACACUUGCAAUAAAAUGCUAAAUUUCAAGCGAAAUUAUUUGUAAAUAUUAUUGUCAUUAACAGGUUAGGCUUCGAAGCCAUAGACCCAUUAGGCAUUCAGCCGCGAUUGCAAAUUGUGUAAAAAUAUUUUAAACGUUUAUUGAAUAAAAUAUUUUUAACCAUAAAUAAAAAUAAUAAUAACUGUCAGCAUGCAUUUUAAAAGUAAAAUUAAGUAUACCUUGACUAAUAAUUUUACUUAUUAUAACCUAUUUGGUUCGUAUGAGUUAGCAACAUAAUUAAAAAAAGGCUGUAAUUCCCGCGGAAGUAAAUUUGACUUAAGCUCCCGCUGCACUUGCUUGAAAUAGCACGCUUACUGCGCAAGUGUGGUGAAAAACAUUAACAUAUGCACCUUUGGUAAUAUACCUGUAACAAAUAUCAUUCCGGUUUCCAUCAUAAAUAACCAAAUAAUAAGGUCCUUUUCUGGAUUUAAAUUUAGUUGCAGACAGUUCCAAAAAGUUGACAUUGUUCUCAGAAACUGAAGUAAAAUUUAACAGGAAACAGGAAACUUUCAAUUUGGAAAUGGAAAAUUCUGUUUUUCAUACAAAAAUACUAGAAGUUCCGGAAAAAUUUUCGCAUUGGUAAUUUCGCAAUUUUGUAGAAAUUCCUAAUUUUCUGGCGGCAUAUCAGUACUGUCAUUACGAGUAUGUACUGGAAAUGUAAAGUUUAGGAAUAAAUCUAGUCCUCGAGUGUGAAAGCUAAAAAAGAUGACACUGAUGUAAUGUGGUGACUGAAUUGUUAAACGUCAACUUUCGAUAACCAAAACCGUAAAGUGCCAUCUACAACUGCUUUUCAAAUUCGAAGCACGAAUUUGUCUUGGACUUUACACAUCUUACACGGCCAAUUAGUUUAUUUUGGCUUUCAAAUGUACAGGUACUCAAUAUUAAUUGAGGGAUCUAAAGAUCCAGCCGUGUUCGGUCAUUGCAAAAAUAAACAGUCACUUCACGGCGACAGGCUUAUAUUAUUUGUUACUUUGAAUUUAUAUACAGGUAUUCUACCAAUUUAUGCGUUAAAAAAUAUUGUCAAUAUGAAUUUGAUCCAUUAAAAAAUAUUGUCAAUAUGAAAUGCAAACGCCUAAAUUAAAUGUCAAUUACCCUAUAAGAACAAAUAAAAUAAUGUUUGUACUUUU